CUGCAGCAAAUAGAUUUGUGGGAUUCUUCCCGCUGCUCGUGUGCAGUUUUGUGAGAAUCACGUUCCAUGCAUCUGAUGAAAUGGGCUAUAGCUCACGAAAGCUUAUGGCACCACAUUGAAACCACCAUAAACUGAUGGAACCACCACUCCGCCCUUCCUCUUGAAUGAUGCAUCUGUUCACCAAUCCUGACCUCGCUUUCGUCUUCUGUUCGGAUUGGCUGAUGAUGGCGAGCUCGAGGCCUUGCUGAAACGCGAGGCAAAGGUAAGAUGGCGGCGGUGGUGGCGGUAACGAACAAGACGCUGGCAUGAACAGAAUUCGCAUCCACGUUUUGCCUUCAAGUCGGGGACGACUUACCCCCGUGCCAAGACCACAAGAGGCCUUAUCAUGUGCCUUUGCUCACCGUCCAUGUUCCCAGCCUCGUUUGGAAGGACACGAGUUCUGUAUUAAGCACAUUCUUGAAGACAGGAAUGCACCUUUUAAGCAGUGCAACUACAUUUCCGCUAAGAAUGGAAAGAGAUGUCCAAAUGCAGCUCCUAAGCCUGAGAAGAAGGAUGGUGUGUCAUUCUGUGCUGAACAUGCUCGCAGAAAUGCCCUGGCAUUGCAGGCUCAGAUGAAGAAGUCCAACCCUAGCCCAGUGCGAGAGUCCCUCCUCUGUCAACUGAGCUCCUACGCCAAGACAGAAUUGGGCUCCCAGACUGCUGAGAGUAGCCGCAGCGAGGCUAGCAGAAUACUGGAUGAGGAUAGCUGGAGUGAUGGAGAACAGGAGCCACUAACUGUAGAUCAGACAUGGAGAGGAGACCCUGACAGUGAAGCAGAUAGCAUUGACAGUGACCAGGAGGACCCCCUUAAGCAUGCUGGUGUGUACACUGCUGAGGAAGUGGCACUGAUCAUGCGAGAAAAACUGAUUCGGCUGCAGUCUCUAUAUAUCGAUCAGUUCAAACGGCUUCAACAUCUCCUGAAAGAGAAGAAACGACGAUACUUGCACAGCCGCAAAGUGGAACAUGAAACUAUAGGUAGCAGCCUCCUGACAGGCCCAGAGGGGCUUCUGGCUAAAGAAUGUGAAAAUUUGAAGCGGCUAAAAUACUUGAGACGAUAUCGGCAGCGCUAUGGUGUGGAAGCUCUUCUACACCGGCAGCUGAAGGAACGCAGAAUGCUGGCCACUGAGGGUGCUGCCCAGCAGGCACACACCACCCGUUCUAGCCAGAGGUGUUUGGCCUUUGUGGAUGAUGUUCGAUGUUCCAACCAGUCUCUGCCAAUGACAAGACACUGCCUUACUCAUAUUUGCCAGGAUACCAAUCAGCUUCUCUUUAAGCUGUGCCAAGGGUCAGAAGAAGCACCCUGCAACAAGCCAGUGGCUGUAAGCCUUUCUGAAGAUCCCUGCUGCCCACUCCAUCUCCAGCUGCCACCUCAGAUGUAUGUUCCUGAACAGGUACUGUCUGUUCCCGAGGAGCUGGAAGCUGCGUCCAUGGAUCUGUACUUGAGCGCAGCUGAACUCCGGCCCACAGAGAGCUUGCCGCUGGAGUUCAGUGAUAACUUGGAUGUUGUUGGGGAUGGCAUGCAGUGCCCCCCUUCCCCUCUGCUCUCUGAUCCUUCUGCCCUUGAAAAUCAGUUGAACAAAAAUGUUGCUGAAGCCCUCAUAAAUGUGCAGUCAUGUGAAGAGUCUGUUCAACAAGGAUUUCAGAACCAGGCAGCACAAUCAGGCCGAGAGGGCUUUUCCAGACAAACUGUAUCUCCUGCUUCAGAGUUGCCACGAGAGCCACCCUUACAGAAUAUACAGCAUCUAGUGACAAGUGGACCUGGGCUGGAGGAGGGUAUAAAGGAAGAACCUGCAACCAAUGGAAGUUCAGAGGUCCCACCUGGAUGCUGAAACAUCUUCUAGUCUUGGAUUCCUCCUGGUUCUGUGUGUUCCUCAACUUCCCUAUCAAAUAUUUCUAGAUUAGUGAAAUCUGUGCUAGAAAGUCAUGUGGCAGGCAGGUUUUGGAUGCUUUUCCAUUGGCUGUCUUCAGAUCCUGUUCAGUUGAUAGCCUUUUAGUUUUUUUUAAAAAGCUGGUAUUUGAUAUAAAGCAUGGAAGACUCUCAAUAUUUAAUGAUUACAAACACUGGGAAGCCACUCUUCGUUCAUAUUUGUAGUUGUAGGCUUAGAUAAAAGAUAAUGGUAUGGAAAAUUUUCUGUAGCUGGAUUAUUGGGAAUAUGUUUUAAGGCAUGGGCUUGUCCAUGCUAAAGGAUGAGUUUUUCAUUAUCUGAACUGCACACUAACCUGGUAAUGUCUAAUUGUGCCAGUGCUGCACGGCUGUUCCUUCAUUUUUUUUCUCUCUGGCACUGAAGUCUGUAAUUGGAUACCCACCUGUAGCUUUAACUUGUGUACAUAUCCCAUGUAGUAUAAUAAUAAAGACACUGGAUAAAGUUUA